AUGGAACGAUUUGCUGAACGAUCUCGUGAUAUUAUUGCCAACGUGCCAGUCACUGUCAGUACUUCUCCUUCCAGCUCGAAUUAUCAGUGCAAAGAAUGUUUGCUAUAUGGAAGUGUGCUGAAAGAGCAUGAGGAAAAACUUUUACAACGAUUACGUGGUCUUUGUGAUCCUGGACAGUACUCAUUCAACGAACAUGAAAUGGUCUUCAGUCUUAAAACUGGUCAGGAUCCCGAUGUAACUGUUCGAUUGAGAAGGAAAUUUGGUGGUCCAGAUGCGAACAGUUUUCAGUGGCAUUUUCGAUAUAUGGGAGCGGCAGAGCCAGAUAUUAAUUGUCCUACAAUAAUAAGAAAAUCCAUUGAUUCUCUAAUAUAUUCUAGUAAUAUGAUGGAAUUUGUAAAAACAUUGGGAUUAAGAAUGGAUUAUGAGUAUCUCACUAAAGGAUAUCUUUUUACGAGAGGAAAUAUAAAGAUAAUUAUCAAUAAUGUGACGCGAACCGAAAAGAUUGGAACCUACGAUCCUAAUGUUCUCAAACCGCUAUCCGAUUCUUUACUGAUUGAAAUGAGCGUAGCAUUACCUGAUACAAAGGAAUAUAUGACAACCGCAAAAGCUCUUCGUUCAUUUGCUGAUCAACUUAGCCCAAUUUGUGACAUGCAAAAAGUGGAGUACUGGAGACGACUGUAG